UUUUGUUUUCCUCUACCGCAGGAAAACCGCUUAUCAUGACGCGGGGGCUACUUUUCUUGCUGGUGCUGCUCUUCAUGAGUAGCAUCGUCAGCUGUGACUUGGAGUGCGAGGAUUUGCCGGCGGAGGAUUGUGCAUUUGCGGUCUCGUCGUCGGGAGCCAGAUGCAUGCUUCAAAACGCAACCAACGAACUGAAAUGCGAAACGUCCAUGGUCAUGUCGGACAAAAGAGUGGAAUGGAUUGAGAGUAGCGAGUGUAUGCAGUCGUGUGGGGUCGACAGAAUGACGGUUGGAAUGUUCCCAGACGCGUUGCUAGACAAGUCUUUUCUUCCCAAGCUCUGCAGCCCGAGCUGUCAGAUCAGCUGCCACAACGUUUUCGAUCUUUACGUUAGUCUCGCCGUUGGCGAAGGUUUCUACUUACCGAGUCUCUGCCAAACACAACCUGUGAGGGUGCACAGAAAGAUGAAGGUCGACUCGACUCCUCUUAUCAAGCCUCCGGACGAGAGUCUUCCAGCUCCAGCUCCAGCGCCCGAAUUAUCAGCAGCUCAAGGAAGUGUCCCCGCGGGCUCGCCGUCGCCAACGUCAACUCCAUCUAUUCAAGCACCAGCAAUUCAAGUACCAGUUCCAGCACCAGCACCAGCAAUUCAAGCACCGGUUCCAGCACCAGAACAGGCAGAAGCAGUGCAAGCACCAGUUCCAGCGCCGCAGCAAGUCCAAGCACCGGCUCCAGCACCAGAGCAGCCACCGGCACCAGCACCAGCUCUUCCAGUUUCAAUCGCGGCUCCGGCACCAGAGCUAACUCUAGCUCCAGCCCCGGUUUUACCGGCGGAGGAGCCUGUUCCAUUCUCGCCAACUUUGACACCAGCCGAGGAGCCUUUCCAGCCUUUCCCAUCUCCGCCAACUUUCGGACCGGCAGAGGAGCCGUAUCCAUCGCCAGUGGUGGCAGCACCAGCGGAAGAGCCAGCUCUAGCGGAGGAGCCAGCUCCGGCUGAAGAGCCAGUCCAAGCUCCGGCCGAGCAACCAGCCGAAGCUCUUGCUCCAUCUCUAGAAGACGGCGGCUGGUCUGAAGAAGUCGAAACUCCAGCGCCGGCUCCAGUGGCUGCCUUGGCCGAGGCGGAGGCUCCUUCGGCUGCUACACCGAUUUACGAGUCACACUUUGAGCUCGAAGCCCCGCCUCCAAGCACGUACUACGACGAGGAGCCAGCAGCAGCACCAUCGGAGGAAUCUAGCGUCGCGGAGGCUCCAAGUUCUUCGAGUUCUUACGAGGAAGCUGUCCCGCCAACUUUGUUUGAUGGUGGUGCCGAGGGACCAGUGGAAGCACCGCAUGCUUUGGAAGGACCGGCUCCCUCCCAGGAAGAAGAAGCUCCGCCGCCAGGUUUCUAUGGCGAGGAAGAAGCUCCGGCCCCGGAUUUGCUCGCGAGCGGAGAAGGCGGCGAAGCUCCAUCUCCAUACAGCGAAGAAGAAGCUCCAUCUCCAUGAGCAACCGGAAGGAGGAGCUGAAGCUCCAUCGCCAGAGUCUGAGCAGCAACAAGGAGGAGGAGCUCCAUCUCCAGCGAUUGAGAAAGCUCCAUCUCCGGCAUUUGAGCAGCAACAAGGAGGAACUCCAUCUCCAUCUCCAUCUCCAGCGUUUGAGAGGAGGAGCUCCACCACUACCUUUUUAAAUUUCUCUUAGUUUUGUUACAAGAGGUCAUAACAUAAUAUUAGGUCACUCGCGAUGCGUGAUGGAAA